UGGGUUUAGGGUUUUUGCAAGAACCUGAGCAUAGCUUCUUUCGAAUUUUUGAAGGUUAUGAACGGUACUCUCCCUCCCUUGAUCGAAUUACCUUCGUCGAGAUGAUGCUGCGCACUCUACUGCUCUCGAAAACCCUCAGAAACUCGAAGAAGUUACUCCAUCAAAAUUUCAUAAAUUCGAAAUACUCAUCCGUGCUGGAAAAUCCCAAUUCCUAUUGCCGCAGAAUUACCGCCUCCCCCAAUUCGAAUGCCCUCGGAUUCACGAGAGAGUUUUGUUCUGGGAAGCAGAUUAGAGGCGAUUCCCACGAGUGGACCGAGGAAAUCGAUUAUUUAGAUGAGUCGGGAAGCGUUAUUUACUCCGGUAAGGGGAUAAGAUCCGUCGAGCCGGGGAUCGAUGACCACGUAAUGGCGGGUGAAUUGAGGAAACCGAUAUCCAACAUCGCUGCGGUGUCGAAGAUAGUCGAGAUAGUGAAGAGGUGGAGAUGGGGCCCUGACAUGGAGGCGCAGCUGGACAGGCUGCAAUUCGUCCCGGACACCAUCCACAUUGCUCAGGCGCUGAAGGUAAUCGAUGAUAGUGAUGCUUUGUUGAGUUUAUUUCGGUGGGCGAAGAGGCAGCCAUGGUAUGUGCCCGAUGAUGAUUGCUAUGUUGCACUGUUUGAUAAAUUGAAUUCGAGUAGGGAUUUCGAUGGAAUUCAGUCGAUAUUUGAGGAAAUGGUAGGUGAUUCCGGCGGUGGCGAGGCGUCUCCGGCGGCGGCAGGUGCUUAUAACAGGGUGCUGCAGUACCUGGGUAAGGCUGAGAAGUUGGAGGUUACCUUCUGUUGUUUCAAGAAGGUUCAAGAGAUGAAUUGCAAGCUCGAUACGGCGACGUAUAAUUCGCUGAUGAUGUUGUUUCUGAACAAGGGGCUGCCGUAUAAGGCAUUUGAGAUUUAUGAAAACAUGGAGAAAGACGGGUGUUCGUUUGAUUCGUCGACUUACGAGAUGAUGAUACCGAGCCUUGCGAAAUCUGGUCGACUCGAUGCUGCAAUGAAGCUUUUUAAGGAGAUGAAAGAAAAGAAUUGUCGCCCGAGUUUCGGGAUCUUUGUUUCGCUUGUCGACACUAUGGGAAAGGCCGGGAGAUUGGACACGGCGAUGAAAGUGUACAUGGAAAUGCAAGGUUUCGGGUUGAGGCCAUCGGGGGCGAUGUUCGUUUCGCUAAUCGAAUCGUUCGUUAAGUCGGGGAAAUUGGAGAUGGCGCUCAGGCUAUGGGACGAGAUGAAGAAAGCCGGGUUUAGACCUAAUUAUGGAUUGUACACUAUGAUCGUCGAGGCCCAUGCUAAAUCGGGAAAGCUCGAGGUUGCAAUGUCGAUCUUUUCCGAUAUGGAAAAGGCCGGCUUUUUACCGACCCCGUCGACCUACUCCUCACUCUUGGAGAUGCAUGCUGCGUCGGGACAGGUCGAUUACGCAAUGAAACUAUACAACUCCAUGACGAAUGCGGGUUUGAGACCGGGUUUAAGCACGUAUACGGCGCUGAUGACGUUACUAGCGAAAAAGAAACUCGUCGACGUGGCGGCUAAGAUUUUACUCGAGAUGAAAGCAAUGGGGUAUUCGGUGGAAGUUUGCGCUAGCGACGUCCUCAUGGUUUAUAUCAAGGACGGUUCCGUCGAUCUCGCGCUGAGGUGGCUUCAGUUCAUGGGCUCGUCGGGGAUCCGAACGAAUAAUUUCAUUAUUAGGCAGCUCUUCGAGUCGUGUAUGAAGAACGGAUUGUAUGAGUCAGCUAAGCCUCUUCUCGAAACGUACGUGAACGCUGCUGCAAAAGUCGAUCUCAUACUUUACUCGUCGAUUCUCGCGCAUCUCGUAAGAUGCCAGGACGAGCAAAACGAGAGGCAUUUGAUGUCGAUCCUGAGCGCGACGAAUCACAAGGCUCAUGCUUUCUUGUGCGGGCUGUUUACCGGCCCCGAGCAAAGACAGCAGCCGGUUUUAUCGUUUGUGCGCGAGUUCUUCAAGGGGAUCGAUUACGAAUUGGAAGAAGGUGCCGCAAGGUACUUCGUGAACGUCCUCCUUAAUUACCUUGUCCUAAUGGGACAAAUAAAUCGCGCCCGGUGUGUCUGGAAAGUUGCGUAUGAAAACAAGCUGUUUCCUAAAGCUAUUGUGUUCGAUCAACAUAUCGCCUGGUCCCUCGAUGUUCGGAAUUUAUCAGUUGGAGCAGCUCUCGUAGCUGUUGUCCACACAUUACACAGGUUUAGAAAACGUAUGCUUUACUACGGAGUUGUCCCGAGACGGAUCAAACUAGUGACCGGUCCAACUUUGAAGAUUGUGGUUGCGCAAAUGCUAAGCUCAUUGGAAUCGCCAUUUGAGAUUAGUAAGGUUGUUCUUAGGGCUCCCGGGGACAAUGUGCUCGACUGGUUUAAGAAACCGAUCGUGCAGCAGUUCCUUUUGAACGAAAUUCCGUUGAGAUCCGAUAUCCUAAUGCAUAAACUCAAUACAUUGUUCCCUAGCUCAGCUCCUGAAAUUCGAUCUUUGUCCCCUCCAAAGCCUCUCAUCGCCGGACGGGGAAUGUAACUACGGAACUGCGCCGCGUCGAUUACUCGAGAAAAGACAUACAACCAGCGCCCAGAAGAAGUGAGAGAUGAGCACCCAAUUGAAGCCUAAUGCUGCUCUGCAAUCUAGGGUUCAUGAAAUCUGCAGCUAAUAAAUCCACAAGUGCCAUGUAAAUCAAAAUCCCAGCUGAAGCAGAGUUGAAAAUCCCCUCGACAAUCAGGGCUUUGGGGCUGUUGUUGUCUGUGUACGCGCUCGAUAUCCCGAUGCCUAUUCCGAUUCCUAUCGGCGUCGUCAUUGAGAAGAACAGCAUCAUGAUCGUCGUUGUCAUCGAUUCGAAUUUCGCCUGCGAAUUUCAGAUAAACAAGUGGGGGUGGGGUGGGGUGGGGUCUGGGAAUUACAUUCUCUCCAUUGAUGAUGACAACAUUGUGGCAACAUCAUAUAACUUUGCUGCUCUGUUAUUACAUAUAUAGAGUACCUGCGAGAUGCAGCCGCCGAGCCCCAAUCCUUCGAAGAAUUGGUGGAACGAGAGGGCGGCGAGCAAGGGCUUGAUCGUGGCGAUGCUCGCAGACGCCCCAAGCGAGAUCCCGAUGAUCACUGAGUGAACGACGAUCCCGAGUUCAAGAACCUGGAAAAAGAAAAGCUGUCUUUGAGCAACAGAGGUAAUGAACAAAAUCGUCGUUGUCGUCGUUAUGCAUGUUAAAUCGGGCGUACUUGCGAUAUUAUGCGCUGUCGGAUGAGAUCAGACAGGCUCGGAUCGUGCGACGCGCCAUGCGCGUGGCCAUGCGUCGCAUGCGUGUGUACGUGGACAUGGCCGGCGUGGCUGUCGCCGCCACCGCCGCUGCCGCCGUCCUCUUCGUCAGCGUUCACCUGCUUCGACGAUGACGUACGGAAGUGCAUUUUCUUGUAGAAGCUUGUCGCCACCGUGUCGACCAUCAGCGUCCCGAUUGCAGCCAUCAUGGCGACAAAUCCCGUGAACGGGAACUUCCUCCACGGCGUCGCCGCGAUGCACGGCGACGUCAGCGUGAAGAAUGCGUCAGGGAGUAUGUGGAUAAACCCGGUGGCGAGUAUAACGCCGGCAGCAAACGCUUUGAUCAUGAAGAACAUGUCGUUCUCCGGCCGGAGAAUUUGGAAUCUCCGGCCGAGGAUCGGGAGGCUGACACCGACUCCGCCGGCGGUAAGAACUGCGGCGAUCGCGGCGAGUUUGAUUUUGAGGGCGGCAGUCCUGUUUCCAUGGCUGUCGCCGCCCUCCCGAUCGGGGCGGCAAGUGCAGUCGGAUGUCUCCGCCGCCGCCGAUGAUCCGACGGCGGCGAUCGAAAAAAAGAGGAGGAGGGAGAAGAGAAGAUGAUGGUGGAUGAUCAUUGAAAAGGGUGUGAAAAAUGUGAUAAGAGAGUGAGAGUCUUUUGUAGGAAUGGAGGAGGGAGCAGAAGAAUCUUUUUUUAGUGGAGGAAUUGAGAGUAGUAAAAAUAAUAAUGAAUGGAUGGAGGGUGAAGAAGAAAGGGGAGGGGUGUUUUGGUCAUUUCAGGGGAUGUAUGCGUAGAUGAGACUUGUGCUGCAUAGGUGCGUGACUGACCGAAAUAUUAGGGCAAACUUUUUUUUUUUUUCUAAAAUAAAUGUAAAAAUAAUUAUUAGGGUUUGUUGUGUUGGAACUGUUCUGGUUGAAUUAUGACCACAUUAUGUCU